UUUUGACGUUUUCACGAUCAUAGAUUAUUUAAUUUUUAAUUUGAAAAAAUCAUUUGGAAAGAAUUGUAUUUCAGAAAUUAUGGAUUUAGAAGGAAAAGCUAAGGGGAAUAUUUCUCUUCCUGAAAGACUCCAGCCUCCAAAUAUUGAAGAAGAUGAUUAUCUUCUAAACGAAGAGAAAAAGGUUAUGAUUAUGAAUAUGCAAAAGGCUUUGUAUGAAAUUAAAAUUGCUGACUUGGAAAAAAGAGCAAAAAGGUUAGAGGAUCGAAAUGAAUUUGUGCAUGACGAAUGCAAAGCCACAGAUUUUUUAAUAAAGAUUAAAGAUACAGAAACUGCCAAAGAAAUAGCAGAACUGGAGCGUGAAUUAUCUUCUGAAACGAAGAAAUUGGAAGCAGAUAAUGAAGAAAUUGAAAAGAUAAAACAACUGUCGCUGAAAGAUAAAGAAGAGCACGAAAAAAAUAUGAAAUCAAUGCAAGAGAGAUAUGAAAAGACUCGAUCGUCUCUAGUUUCAAAAAUGAAGAUUUUAAACGCCAAGAUUAAUACUCUAGAAGAUUUUAAAACAGUGAAAGAAGCUUUUGAACAGAAAUUAAAAGAAAAUGAUCAAGUGAUAAAAGAGAACGAAGAGAAACUAAAGUCGACUUUAGAACAAAUAGAUCGCAAAUUUAAAAUAGCCAGAGAAAAAAUGAAAAAUGAUUUGUACGAUCAAAUUUUGAAUCUAGCCAGUGAUUUUCAAACAGAAAUAUCAAAAGAAUUGUCUCUCCCAAUUCACCGAUUAAUUAGAGAAAAUAUUGCCAUUCAAAAUGAAAUAAACCAAAUUGUUAAUGAGACGAGCGUUUUGGCAGAUGAAAAAACAAGUGAAUUUGAAUAUUCGAAAGAAAUAUACAAUGAACAAAUUGAUGAAAAUCGAAAAAAAACUAUCCGUAGAAUAAUAACUUGCAAAGUUCAAGCCUGUUUGGUUUCUGAUUUAAAAAUCAGUCACUCAAAAAUGAAAAAACGUUUGUCAGGGGCGAAAAUAAAUUCUCAAUAUUCAGAAAAAGAUAAAGAAGUGAUUUUUGAGGAAGUUAAAAAGCAAGAAUCAAAACUAGACUUUCGACGACGAGAAUUGGAAGUUCAUUUACAUCAGAUACACAUCAGAGUAAAUUCUGCUUUGAAUAAAAAAAGGCAAUUUAAAUAUACGAUCAAAAAACUGAAACAGAUUUUGUACGACGUUAAAUUUGCUGCUUCCUGCGCUUUAAAGAUAUUUCAGGUCAAUGAGGAAAUUGAAAAAAUGACCUACAACCAGUUAUUGCUAUAUUUACUGGAUAAAAUAACAAAAAAUAAAUCAGAAAAUUGGAUCAAACCGAUUAAUUCGAAACGCACAAGGGCAAGUGUGAAAAAAUACAUCAAAGCGGAUCACAAAAUAGACUGGAAAGAAGCUGGCAAAAAAUGA